AUGGCAAAUGUGUCAUUGGUGCCUUUGGAGCAGCCGAUUGUGUUUAAAUUAGAGGGUUUUAUUGUGUCCAAGGAGACGGCCCAUCUUCUCUUCGUGCUUUCGUUGUUUGGCUACCUCGCCAUGCUGACAGGGAAUGGCAUUGUAGCCAUAGUAAUUCUGAUUGAGAAGACUCUGCACAAGCCCAUGUACAUCAUGGUCUGCAACCUCCUCGCCUGCGAUUUGCUCGGAGGCACGGCCAUGAUGACGAGGCUGAUGUCUGACUUCCUUUCCGAGGAAAGAACCAUAACGUACGUGGCUGCCAUUUUCCAGGCUUUCAGCAUGCACACGUACGGAAGUGCCAUACAGACAAUUUUGUCUGUCAUGGCUUACGACAGGUACAUUGCCAUCUGUGAACCACUGAGGUACUACACCAUCAUGACCACAGGGAAACUGAUCGGGCUAUGCUUACUUGCGUGGAUAAUUGCGCUGGUCCUGGUGCUGAUUUUGUUCAUGCUGAACGUGACAGUUCCAUUAUGCGGUACGUUAAUAGUGCAUGUUUACUGUAGUAAUAGGUCAAUAAUGAGACUUGCGUGCAUACCCACUCCUAUCAAUGACAUCUAUGGGCUGGUUAUGACUUGGGUCUUGAGCACUGGGUCUUUCUUGGUCAUUGCCUUUUCCUACAUCAAAAUCCUGAUAGCUUGUUUAGUGACAAGGAAAAAUGAAAGCAAGAGAAAAGCCAUCCAAACCUGUGCACCUCACCUCAUCGCCUAUAUCAUAUUUGAAAUUACCAGUAUGAUUAUAAUUAUGUCUUACCGCGUCGAGCAGAUAAGUGAAAAUAUGAAGAAAUUUUUCGCAAUAUUAUCUAUGAUUCUUCCACCUCUGGUCAACCCAAUUAUAUAUGGCAUGGUCAUGAAAAAUAUUCGCAUUAACAUCCUCAAACUUUUUCAAAGAAAAGUCUUUCCAAAUGAAUAA